AUUAAUUAAACAGUGGAAUCAUGGAUUCAAUUGUUUAUGAUUGUCCAGAUGAAAAGUUAAAUAAUACAUAUAAUCAUGGCACAAGAGAUUGGUAUGAACAUUUUCGAAGUAAUAGCAAUUUAAGAUUUGAAACAAAUAUCGAUGCAAAUAAAAAAUUAAAAAACCGUGGUAGCUGGAUUUUAAAGAAAUUAAACUUAACAAAGCGUCAUAAACGAACGCCAUCAUCGAUAGUACCAUCAGCUACAAAAAAGAAAAAAUCAUUUCGGAAUUUGCGGAUGGUAUUCGAUCCUACACGAUCAUUUUACUAUCGGUGGUUAAUGGUUGUUUCACUGGCUGUAUUAUACAAUAUAAUAUUUGUAUUUGGGCGAGCAGUAUUUUGGGAAUUGAAUAAUCUAUGUCCAAUAUUAUGGUGUACCUUAGAUUAUUUUUCUGAUACAAUUUAUGUGGUCGAUACAAUAUUUCAUGCACAUGAAGGAUAUCUUGAAGAUGGAUUAUUGGUAACGGAUCCAAAAAAACUUCGUGCAAAUUAUUUUAAGUCAUCAAAAAGUUGGCGAUCUGAUUUCUUAUCAAUAAUCCCAACGGAUAUAUUUUAUAUAUGGAAUCCACCAUUUGAAUAUAAAAUUAAAGUACCUGGUGCAGUAAUAUUUCGAACAAAUCGUUUAUUUCGUGUAGCACGAUUAUGGGAAUGGUUUGAACGUACGGAAACAAUAACCGGAUAUCCAAAUAUAUUUCGAAUAUUUAAAGUUGUUUUAGCAAUAUUAGUACUUAUACAUUGGAAUGCAUGCUUAUAUUUUGGAAUCAGUUAUGCAAUUGGUUUUGGAACGGAUAAUUGGGUAUAUAAUUUAAAUGGACCUAAAAAUUCAACAUUAUUACGACAAUAUAUUUAUAGUUUUUAUUGGUCCACCUUAACAUUAACAACGAUUGGUGAAACACCUCAACCAGAAAAUGAUAUUGAGUACCUGUUUGUUGUUUGUGAUUUUAUGGCAGGUAUUUUAAUAUUUGCAACAAUUGUGGGUAAUAUUGGAUCAAUGAUAUCGAAUAUGAAUGCUACCCGAGUUGAUUUUCAAAUUCAUAUGGAUAGUGUUAAACAAUAUUUACAACUUCGAAAAGUUAGCAAAGAGUUAGAAGGUAAAGUAAUUCGAUGGUUUGCCUACACGUGGGAACAAGUAGGUGUAUUAAAUGAAGAAAGUGUCCUAGCUUCGUUACCAGAUAAACUAAAAGCGGAAAUUGCUAUACAAGUACAUUUGGAUACUUUAAAAAAAGUAAGAAUAUUUCAAGAUUGUGAUCCUGGUUUAUUAGAGCUGUUAGUUUUAAAAUUACGUUUACAAGUGUUCUCACCAGGUGAUUAUAUCUGUCGAAAAGGUGAUGUUGGCAAAGAAAUGUAUAUUGUGAAACAAGGUUGUUUGCAAGUGGUCUCGGAUGAUGGAAAUACAAUACUUGCAACGCUUGGUUCCGGUUCUGUAUUUGGGGAAGUUAGUGUAUUGGAAAUUCCGGGAAAUUGUACUAGAAAUCGACGUACAGCUAACGUUCGUUCAUUAGGAUACUCAAAUUUAUUUUGUUUAUCAAAAGAUGAUUUAUGGUCUGCGUUAGCCGAUUAUCCAGAAGCACGCGAUUCAUUAACGGAACGUGGUUGUCAAUUGUUACGAAAAGAUGGAUUGUUGGAUGAAGCAGUUUUUCAGAAAGCACAAAAAGCACAGUUGUCUUUAUCAGAAAAUUUGGAUAGAUUACAAUUAGCUGUUGAUAAUUUGCAUACUAAAUUAGUGAGGCUCUUCUCAACGUACGCCAUGAAUCAAAUUACGAUUAAACGAAUUUUAAACAGAAUUGAGAAUAGGACGGAAGAAUUUAACAUGCUAAGAAGAUCAGAUUCAGACUUAUUUUCAAAUUUUGAAAAAUCAACAACUCCACGACGCUCACUUAAAUUUCUUAGAUCAAAAGUAAAAAAUAAUAUUUUGAAUUAGAAUCUCAUUGAUCAGUGUUUAGAUACAGUAUAAGUGUUAAUCAAUUGCUCAUUUCCAUAACUUAGGCAUUCAUUUAAAAAAAUUAGUGACAUUUCAAAAAAUUAUUCUUUUAAUUUUUUACUAAAUGCAAAAGUUAUUCAUACAGAAAUUUACAAUGGAAGUGUUUUAUUAAACCAUUUAUAUUUCACGUUAAUUGAAGAAGUUGGUUCUACAGGAUGCCUGUUCGGGUGCUAAGCGGAUCUACAAUAGAAAAUCCCAUCAAA